GACGCGCAACGAUGCCUAGGGGGAUCUAUCCUCGUACAAAGAAGCGCAAGCUUACCGAUCAGAAUCCACAGCCAACAGACGAUGCAAACAACACACAGACUCUGCCCUGGUCAUCUGCCCUGCCUGUCUUGGAUCCCGCAUCGGCUCCAGCCUCGAACACACAUGUAACAAACCAACAUGCAUGGCCAGCUUCAAAUACUGCCGCUUCACAUGCUGGCUCUCAGCCAUAUGCAGUAGUUGACCUGCCUUCUCCAUCUCCUACAAAUGAACCAAGUCCAACAUCCGCCAGCGAGCACUCUCAGGGCAGAGCAGACACCCAAUCAACCGCUACUGUCGAGGAAACAGCAGCGGCUCUUCCCGCCGCUCCUGAGAACUUUCCUGGGCAACCCUUGGGCGGUCAAAUUGGCGAUGUCGCUCAGCAGAUACCGGUACACCAACCACACCAACCCAAUGCACGUCGGAUACCCUUACAACAUGUCAUGCUCCAUGCUGCUACGAUAGUCAGGGAGCGAGCUUCAGGGAGUGAGCCAAUGACCCCUGAGGAGAAGGCGCGAUAUAGCACGCUAUACGCAGCCUGUGUAAACGCAGACUUGUUUUUCCUCAUGAUUCAUCAGUACUACAGCUGCUGGUUGAUAAAUAAACCGAGGGUAUAUGCUCAUUUCCGCCUUUCUGUCCUUAACAUUAAUCGGGCCUUUGCCCAAUUGAGAGUGAUGUUUAAGGAUGAGGAGAGGAUUUCGCCUCCUCAUCGGCUGUGGUUCUCAGAAUUCCCCGGGUUUAGCGAGAACGUUUAUUGUGUCCCUCAGAUGCAGAGCCAGAUCCAAGACUUUCUCCUCGCGUUUUCCAUCAAGUGGCCAGAGUUGAUGAAAGACUCUCAGGCUCAAAUGAUGCCUCUGAUGGAAUGUCAUAUCCGCGAGCGACUCAAAUGCCCAUCGUUAACCAUAGCCAACAAACUCUUUAUCCACAGCCGCAGAAUCAUUGGAGUGCCAGAUAAUCAAUUCACAAACGAGGCCACCCGUCUUUUCAACAUGGAUCAAAAGCUAGAACGCAUGUACGAAGAGCUGAAUGAACCCGUUGCAGAUGUGGCUGAAGCCCGCCGGUCAAUGAGAUUGAGUUACCAACACACUAUUGAAAAUAUUCGACAGCAAAUGCAAGCUGCCUCGCAAGCCGCGCCGCCAACUGGCCACCCGAAUCAGGAAUUUCCAGCACAGCCCCUGAUUAACAAUAACAGCGUAAAUAGCACUAAUAGCACCCCGCAGCAGCAGCAGCAGCAAUAUCAUCAUCAUCGUCUUUCUCUCUUUUCAUCAGAAAGCUCCCAAUACCCACUUCAACCUCAACCUCAACCUCAACCUCAGCUUCUCCAAACACGUCCACCCCGAGGGCGACAAAUUGAAGCUCAAAUACAAUCUCAGUGCCGUUCCCAGACAAAUCUUUCAGCCACUUCUCAGCAAACCCUUCAACAGGUCCCUCAGCCACUCCCUCAGCCAUCCCCCCAGCAACUCCCCCAACAGCAAAUCUAUCUCCAGCAGCAAAUUCUCCCUCAUCAGCAAGUUCUUCCUCGGCAGCAAAACCCUCAGCAAGUCUCCGUGCUUCAACCUCCUGCAUCAGCCUCGGGCCAACCCAUUUUGCCUGGACCAGGUUUCCCAGAGCAAUCUCCAUCAUCUGGUCUACAAUACCCAGCGUUAGCUCCAAAGUCACCGAGACAGUCUAUUCAAGGGAGUCAGGCUUUGCUUUCUCCAGUUAAUCCACCUCUUCCCGCUGAGCCACAGCGAGCGAUGCCACAACAGCAGCCAGGCCCUUGGCAUAUACAGCAGCCGGAUGAUGCUCAGAAUACACAGCAUCUACACCGUUCUCCACAAGCGACUUUGCUCCAGUCGCAAAAUCUGCAGAUCCCUCUAUUCCAGAUACAAAGCAAUGCACGGCACGAAAAUAUGCACCUCCUAGUAUCGCAGCCCAACGAUUCAGCUCCUUUAUCUCCCCAGCCAUAUCAGCAGAAUAUAGAGCCUGCGCAAGCUCUGCAGGCUCCUUCUCCAGCUUUUCAGAUUCUUCAAGGUUCGGAUGCUUCUCAAGAAGCUCAAAUUCCGCGGGGUUCUCAGAUAGACCAGGGGCCCCCGCCCAUUACAAUCUCCCAGAGGCCUCAAGAGCCUCAGACCGUCAUUGUCCCCUUGACGGCUCAGAGAUCUCAGGUUGCACUGACUCCCCAGGCUCUCCGCAUUCACCAGUCUCCAGUACAAAUAAUGCAAGCCUCUCAAACUCAUCAUACGCAGUCGCAACAACAACCCCACCUUCAAAACUCAGCGUCCCAGACGUCUCGCACUCCGACACCCAAUCGAUAUAGCCGUCAGUUUACGAUACGCGAGACUCCUCCCACGGAAUAUCCCAGUAGUCCGCAUGAUUGGACGUCCCUACAAACAGGCCUCCAUCUAACUCAUUUGCGUAGCCCUCGAAGGGUUUCCUCUAGCCCGGGCCCAGGCUCGGGAAAGAAUCGUUACUACCAAUUCUUCUCCAGAUUCGUGGUGGAGCCAACAGAGAUGAAGCCACAUAUGGGAGUCAGUGAAUUAGAGUUUGUUAUCGAGCAAGAAGACCUGAGUAGACGCCCUGUUACCAGCGAACCAUCUGAGUUGCCGGUGGGUGAGUUACCGAUGAUGGUGCCUGUGAGCCGACACUUCAACCAUUCUCAACGAUAUCGCCUCCGCAUGUGUGAACGCCGUAAGCUGAGCGAUGAUGAAGAAACAUCUUUUGACACUGCAGAAUGGGCUAUAAGCCGUACCCACUGGCCGUCGUAUAUUUUCCUAUCGCUCAAUGGCGAAAUAGUUUCUCCUCUUCUCAAGCAGCAUUAUCAUAAUGAUCUGCCCAUAGAGCUUACCAAUUCUUUGGUUAAGGGGGCGAAUAAAGUAAAGGUCCAUUUGCCGAGUUUUCCUCAAAAUAUCAAGAAAAAUAUUGCUUAUUUUAUGGCUGUGGAACUCAUUGUCACUCUAGAUCAUGGCUCUACUCGCGCUUUGGUGUUUUCUGCGCCUCAUAUCAGCAUGGAUCAGACAAAGACCGAGAUCAACAGACGACUACAGCUAGAUACAGAUGAAAUUAUUAUAAAUAGCGACACUUUGACAGUUGCAGUUACAGACUCUUUUAGCUCUAAACUAUUUGACGUUCCAGUCCGGGGUCGAAAUUGCCGGCAUCUUGAAUGUAUCGACUUAGAAAAUUGGCUGAACUCACGCCCAAGCAAACCUUCCCCAGAAGCGGGCGAGCCAACAACGGUCGAUAGUUGGGGCUGUCCUAUAUGUGGCGAAGAUGCCCGGCCCGGCAACCUCCAGAUAGACGACUAUUUCGUUUACAUAAGGGACAAGCUUUUAGAGGAGCGCAGGGGCAAUGUUAAGAAGAUUCAGAUAACUAUUGAUGGCACCUGGAAAGCUGUAGGAGUGGCAGAUGAAAAUACGACGUCAGAUAAGGACGACGUCAACUAACACACUCAUCAAGCUGAGACGCUACAGAGUAUCGCCAAGGUGAUAUAACAAAGAGAGGCAGCAAGGCUAGGUGACUACUAGGUCCCUAGCAGUCGAAGCGCCAUGAUUCACGGAAUACUAUGGGCACUCUAUAAUUAUACUAUAAAUCAUAUACAGAUGGCCGCUCUGGAUAUGAGAGCAUCUGCGUGUUUGUAUGCUAACAGUUGCAUGUGUUUUGGAUACUUGGAUGAACUUAUUAGAAUGACAGAAUGCCU